GUACAGUGAUUUCUCUCUAGUAUCACCGUAACGUGACCGACAUGUCGUCUUCAAAAAUGCUUAACGAACAGCCUCCACCAUACGACCAAGCUACUACAAUCGAUAUCGAUAAUGCAAGUGCGCCGUUAUUACGUGAGACCUUUUCUGGCAGUAUAUUUGGAACAUCGACCAUUGUUACAUUUGAAUUGGCUCAUGGGAGUCGUCCGAAACACAUUGCGACAAGCUCCGAAUGUUAUUUUUUUGACAAAGCUUGCGAUUACUCAUUUGUGAUACGUGACUUUCUGGAAUGUGUGCAAGCGAGUGGAAAUGUAGCUAAUACCAGUGAAGACCUACACACUACACUCUUGGACGUCAGCGGAACUGAAAUUCUCCAGUUUAGGAAACGAGUUGACGAUUUCAUUGACCCACCAGCGGUAUCACCGAGCGCCAUAUCGAACUUUCUAGACAUUAUAUUUGACAAGAAGAGGGCCAAGACCAAUCAUACAUUCGAAGUGUUGAAGAACGGCCAGCCACUUGGGUUGGUAAUAUAUGGAGACAAAGAGCCGCCUGAAACAUGUCUAAGAAUUUAUAUUGGGGGAAGUGAACUGGUCAUUAAAUCAGCUUCAUUGGGAGAAUUUAUUAUAUUCCGAGACCAGUCGUCAGCGAGUCCACUAUGCCACCUUAACAUUGAACCGGACGAAUUUACUGGAAAAAUUGUAUUUCAUCCGGAAACUGGAAUUACAGCUGACGAGCAGCUACUAUGUACAGCUGCAGCUUUUGCCUUUGAAACUUGCCGCACGAAGGACGAUAUAAUUGUAUCAAGAGACGCGGUGAUUCAGAUGGGUUUCUGGAUGGUGUUCACCUUAUCUGUUACAAUAAUUGUGUCUGGUUUAUUAAUAUGGCUGGUCCCACGGCUAAUGUAAUGUCCUGUGCUAAUAUAUCACAAAUACCUGAAAAUGUCGGUUAAGAAAUCGUGGCGCCACUAGCAACUAAUUUAGUGAUGUCCAAUUUUGUAUACGGAUUUUUUGAAUAUGGUCAGGCCUUCUAAUUCACACUGCCUUCACUAACUUUUAUAUUGAUUGUGGCAAUGCACUUCAAGCAUGAGUGGUACUCUAAAUAGGGUACUGAAACGUGACAGUGUGUCACACAACUAUAUUUAAAACACAGU